AUCACACAAUAUUUGCACAAAAACAUAAGGGCAAUAACGUAAACACCGUGAUUUGCAUCGAGCAAUUUUGAUUUGCAUUCUAUGGAGGGAAAAUCGAGAUGGCUUUGAAGUUUCGUGCACUCAUUUCCCGCCAUUUUAAACCCAUCUUUCUUUCUAUCAACAGAGAGAGAGUGAGAGAGAGAGAGGGCGCGCGAGAGAGUUCUCUAUAGGCGGCGAUGGCGAAAAGAGAGAGAGACAAAUCGGACGGUUUAGAAAUCAUCUCAGUCGGUUCGUUGUACAGCGGUCCUCUAGACAAAAAAUACUGGAGCUCAUCUAGGGGUAAAGAUAGAUACCCGUAUCCAGUUGGGUACCAUGCUAUGCGAACUCAAAAUGGUGUCACUUAUACAAUGCAAAUUCAUGAAGGUCUUAAAGGACCUUCAUUUACGAUUACAUCGACAGAUGGGCAGUCUUGCACCGGGCAAACCCCAGAUAUUGCAUGGAAGAGCUGUCAAAAGACAAGCGCUAGUCAUACAAAAUUGGGGCAUGGCAAAAGAUACUCAUGCAAGAUAGAUGGUGUGGAGUUUUUCGGGUUCAAAAACCAAUUUGUUCUCCGAUUAUUUCGAGAAUUGGUUGCAAAUGUUAAUAGAAAAGCGGCGUCUUCCAACAAUUGCGAAGGAGAUCUGGAGACAAAGCAUCAAACUCGCUGCACGGAACCAUGCAGAAAACAUGAUCUGGUACAGUACUUGGAAAAACCAGAAGUCACGGGAAAAAGAAGCAGGAGAUGUGGAGUCUCUGCUGUGAAGUCAAUUUAUGGGACACGCAGUAAUGCUGUUCCAGCACCUGAGUUAAGGAGCCAAAAGAAGAACAUUCAGAGUCAGAAAAACUGUUCCUGCUCUCCCUCAAAUGAUAGUCACGGUGUAUGUAAUAAAUUAGGGACUAUAGAUGCAUCAAAAACCUCAAAAACGAUAGACGAACAAAAAGAUUGUCUGCAUUUAGUUUACUCUUCUGAACACUUCAACAAUGAAAUCUGCAAGGAAGAUGUGAGUGUGUUUGUUUCCUCACAUGAGCAUGCUGCUAUGACUGGAAGCAUGUUCAAUGAGAAAGAACCUUUUAAUAGGAAUAAAGUUAUCAGCCCACCCUUGUUAAAAUCCUCGGAGAAGGUGGAGAAAGAAGAGACCCUGUUUCGAAAUGCUUCUCAGACAAUCAAUGAUUUGUAUCUCUGUGCACCUCACUCUUUGGACGUUGAAUUAGAUGGCACUCUGAACUCCAAGGGUGUGAACGACUUAGCUGCUGCAUGCUUAAUUACUCCUGAUGAUUCAAAAACUCAGUCAUGUCUAGGAGAGGAGACUGUCACAUCAACUGAAAAUGUUUGUUCUGAAAAGAGUGGCACUGAUUCAGUUGGGCAAGAAAUAACCACAUCAAUGAUGACAGUUCUUCUUCCACGAGCACUUCCUUUACUCAAGAAAGACACGAGAAAGAAAAAGACUACUCUGAACACGUCAGGAAUUUCUGUCUAUAAGAAGAGAUCUAAAUAUAAAAGCAGCAAAACAAACCUUGUUCCAGAAGUUACUUCUGUUGCCUUGAUUACUGAAGACGCUGAUGGAGAAAAACAAAGAGAAGAGGAAAAUAUUUCAAGCACUGAUCUUGGUUCAAUGAAACCACCUUUUGCAGAUAUAGGACCUAUGGUUCUCGAUAAUUAUGACAACAAUCAGAGUGAGAUGAAUGUCGAUAAUCAGUAUUUAACCGAGCCUCCUUCGGGAGAUAUAGCACCCAUGGUUCCUGAUAGCUAUGACAACAAUCAGAGUGAGAGGGAUCAUUCACUAUUGGUUUCAACUGCUGUCCAAGAAGAUUUGGUUAGUUCUGGUCGAAACUACUCUGCACCAAAAACUACUAAACUUCCAGUUACUGUUAAUAUGUUGCAGGAGUCAACAGUUGGCGCCACAUUACACUUUUCACAUAAAGAACAUCAACCCUUGAGUGAGAGACUUCAAUUCCACAGGAAGAAAAAAUUGACAAAAGAGCCUGCAAUUCCAUGUCAACAAAAAUCUGUCAAAACUUUUUCCGGUGCUAUUGAAGAAACUGUUUGUACAACAGACGCGGAAAUAAAUCCCCUUGAAAGUUUAGUCAAGGAGAUUAAUGACGAAAAGGCGCGAGAUCACACCAAUAAAGAAAUUUUUGGUGAAGUCCUAGGUGUUGGUGAUCUAGCAGCAGAACGAGAUAUACCUCUUUCAGAAAGUAUAAUUUGCAGAAGUUUGAAAGACACAGGCGCUCUGGAAGCACGUGCCACUGGUAGUAUAGCUACAUCAGACAAUUUUCAACAGAAUUUAAGUUACAACUUGAGUAAACACGAUUCUAAGUAUGAAGAAAAGAAUGAUGGGCAAUGGUCUAAAAAAAAUCGAGACAGAAACUUUAUGUUAGCUGAAGCUCCAGGACGCCAUAUCUAUAAGGUUACACCACCAACAAAAACUCAAAAUUCUUAUAGACCUGCUAUAUUUGAAUGGGAUUCUCAGGAUCAUGAUAACAAGAAGUCGCCUCAAAACCAAGCCCUCCCGGAGCUAGAUGUUUCUUCACCAUUGUUGCUGGACCAAGGGGAAAGCUUUAGAAACAAACUAAUUUCAAGGAAUAUAGAGGAAACUGGUUCUGACUUGACUGCUCAGACCAACAUGAAGCAUGACAGUGAAGGGGGCAAUAUUUUUGAACUCAUGGGUUGCUAUAUUCACCCUAAGCCAAUAUUAUCAGUCUUAUUGAGCAUAAAAAACGAUGCAAUAUGCAUAUGUGUGUUGUGUGGUUCUUUUGUGGACAAACAACAGACUCUAUAUAUACAUAAAACACCGACUCAAGGACAAAGGAAAGGGUGCCCCUCGUUGAUUGGUCAUGCGCCAAUCGUAUUUCCAGUCACAAAUGAUGCCCUAUGUAGAGAAAUUGCACUAGAUGGAUCUAGUUUGCAAUUUACUCCAGAUGGUCAGUAUCUUGUUCUGCUUGAUUGCAUUAAAGCUCCUUACUGCAGGAGAGCAAAUAUUUCAUGUCCAUGCCCAGAAUGCACAUCUGCUUCCAAUAAGAAGAAUGCAGUGAAAAUUGUUCAAGUAAAACCUGGAUAUAUGUCAGUUGUGGCUACACUGAAAACAGCUAACACUAUACAUUGUAUAUUAGUAUGUGAACCAAAUUAUCUUCUUGCCGCUGAAGAGAGCAAAAAGUUGCACCUCUGGGUUAUGAACUCAACGUGGAGUAAAGAGAUUACUGAAAGAUAUUUUCCCAUAUCUGAUUGCAUGGAUCCAUAUAUCAUGGAGUUGAAGAGAAUACCAAAGUGUUCCACGCUUAUUCUUGGUCACAAUGGGUUUGGGAAAUUCAGUUUGUGGGAUAUAGAAAAAUGCAUUUUGGUGUCAAGGUUUUCUGCAGCAAGCACCUCAUUAUGUAGGUUUUCUCCAAUUAGUGCGUUGAUAUCACGAAGGCAAGGAAUUGUUGCAGGCCUAGAUGAGGAGCAAAAUAAUAACAUUAUAGACGCAAGUACAAAUUUAUUCCUGGAAAAUGCCAGUACCCAUACAUGUACUUUAGAAGGAAAAGAUGUGUUGAUCCCACUCCUCAUUUCAAAUACUGAUCUGCACAGCCAUCAAUCAAGCGAUUAUGAAAUGAACAAACUUGGGUGGAGACAAGCUCUGUUGGUCAAUAAUGAAAUACUUUUGGAUGAUAUUUUGGAUUCAAGUGCUGUUGCGGUUGGCACGGUAGCUGGUCAUGGAAUUAUUGGCACGAUGGAUGGCCUUGUGUACAUGUGGGAAUUGUCUACAGGUGCUACUCUGGGAAAUUUGCAUCAGUUUAAAGGAUCUGCUGUCUCAUGUAUUGCAACUGAUGGUUCAAGCUCAGGUGCUUUUGCAGUAGCCGCCGAUUGUUGGCUGCGAGUGUACUUGCACUCUUAACAAUCUUGUAGUCACUCAAGGAUACAAGUAGACAAGGAAGUUUACAAGGUAUGGAUAGCACUCGCCAGUUGUACAAGUUCCAACCUAUUGUUUUAAACAAAUGUACAAGUUUAUGCCUUGAAUGUAACAAGUAGCUGGAAAUUUUUAGGUGUAUAGUUCGGUUUUGAUAAAUUGACGACUUUAAUCUAUAAAAGUGUAUAGUCAGUUUAUAUUCAGUUUUUGGAGCUGCUACUAUCAAGAAUUUUAAGAUAAUCUUUUGCCAACUUCUUUCCAA